GCCGCCUGGCCCCGCUGCCGGGCGCUCCGCGCCGGGCCGCCGCACACUUCGCUUUCCAGCCGGACCCGGCGCCCACCGAGUACGGUCAAACUCAGAAGAUGAAUCUCUUCCAAUCCAUAACAAGUGCCUUGGACAAUGCUUUAGCCAAAGACCCAACUGCAGUUGUAUUUGGUGAAGACGUGGCCUUUGGUGGAGUCUUCAGAUGUACAGUUGGCUUGCGAGACAAGUAUGGUAAAGACAGAGUUUUCAACACCCCUUUAUGUGAACAAGGAAUUGUUGGCUUUGGUAUUGGAAUUGCUGUUACAGGUGCUACAGCCAUUGCAGAAAUUCAAUUUGCAGAUUACAUUUUUCCAGCAUUUGAUCAGAUUGUUAAUGAAGCAGCAAAAUAUCGUUACCGCUCUGGAGAUCUGUUCAAUUGUGGAAACCUCACCAUUAGAGCACCCUGGGGCUGUGUGGGUCAUGGUGCACUAUAUCACUCUCAAAGUCCAGAAGCCUUUUUUGCUCACUGCCCAGGAAUAAAGGUAGUUAUUCCAAGGAGUCCUCUGCAAGCCAAAGGAUUGCUGCUGUCAUGCAUAGAGGACAAAAAUCCAUGCAUAUUCUUUGAACCUAAAAUACUUUACAGAGCUGCAGUUGAGCAAGUUCCUGUGGAGCCCUACAACAUUCCACUGUCUCAAGCUGAGGUGCUGCAGACGGGCAGUGAUGUGACAAUGGUUGCUUGGGGCACUCAGGUACAUGUGAUCAAAGAGGUGGCAACAAUGGCUCAAGAAAAACUUGGUGUGUCCUGUGAAGUUAUUGAUCUAAGGACCAUCUUACCAUGGGAUACUGACACUGUUUGCAAGUCGGUGGCAAAGACUGGGAGAUUGCUGAUUAGCCAUGAGGCUCCCUUGACAGGAGGAUUUGCGUCUGAAAUCAGUUCCACAGUUCAGGAAGAAUGCUUUUUGAAUUUAGAAGCUCCUAUUACAAGAGUAUGUGGCUAUGACACUCCCUUCCCUCACAUCUUUGAGCCUUUCUACAUCCCAGACAAAUGGAAAUGCUAUGAUGCUCUUAGAAGAAUGAUUAACUACUGAGCAGUAGUACAGAGAGGAGAAGAACAACAGGGAAAUACAGAAGCUGCCUUCAAAACCCUUGACAUUUUAAUCAGAUCUUUUGGGUUUGGAAUUUACAUAGCAGACUUUUCUUUUAACUCAGCUGUCCUGAAUGUUCAUCUUGGCUAUUCUUCAGCAAGUUCAAAUUUUCCUUAAUUAUGAAAUCAGUGAUGGGCAGGUGAUUGUUACAGUAAGUAGUUUCAGAUGUAUUUAAAAAUAUUCCAGAUGUUGAAUGAAAAUUGCACAUUGCCCUGCUUCACUAAGUUACAUCUAGACUUCACUGUGUAAAUAUUAGAAGCAGAAUUUUAUUCAAUAAAACAUAUUAUGCUCAUGUUGUCUCUUAGUUUUGCUGUUGUUUUGGAAGAACCCAAAGGGAAGUCCCUUUUUUCUAGGGAAGGGAGGAGAGCUUUUUUUGCUUUGUUGCUGUGAAUGAGAGGCUUAAUUGGUCAUCUCUGCUGCAAUAUCCUUCCUUCUAGAAUUGGAAUGUAUCUUCUACUAAGCAGUUGUGCAAAAAGCAAUUCCUCUUCUUUUUGCCUUCUUUGCUCUCUGCACAAAUCAGUCUCGUGGUGCAGUGCUUCUUACCAAAUGGGGGAAGGAGUGGGAGCUUUGAGGAGAUGGGUGCCAGUAGCCAGAUAAUCACAUUUCUGUGGUUAUUCAGGGGGGUCUUUCUGAGAGAAAGAAUACCUUUGUACACAAAGGUGCUCAGGACAAUUCUCAAGGUGACAGCUGAAACACACCAGGGAGGAUAACUUCACAGUCAAUAUCGGUGGAUCUGUGGAAAGUGCUAAAUUGUUAUCUUUUCAGGUCCUACCAUUUUGUGUAAGAUUCUGUGUUCACAGUUUGUGCAUUCCCUAAAGAAUCCCACAACUGAAAAUGAAGUUAAUUCUUAAUGUAUCCAAUCAAAAUGAGAUUGUUGUCAAAUCUUGUAAGUUUCCUGUAAAUGCCAUGUAUAGAACUUGUUUAUUGUCUGAAAUAAGAUUGAUGAUUACAUACUUUAUUUUUCUUUGCCCUGGAUUGAAGCUAUUUUAAUAAUAUGAAGAAAAAUGGUUUUAAAAAUUAUUUCUGUCUUUGCAGAUCAUCAAUAGAUAUUUUAGUAACUGUCUCCUAAAAAUGUACUGUUACUGUAUUUCAAAGCAUAUAAAAUAGAUGGAAUUAUAGUACUGCCUUAGUAAAAGGUACUUUGGUAAUUAAUAGCCUUAAUAAAAUCUACUUUGUAUUUAUGGUUUU